GCAUUUACUGGUUCGUUUCUGAAUGAAACUGCUUUUUGGCCGCAGACAUUGUGGCUCCGUUACUGUUUGUUAUUGAGGAACGGACUUCCUUUGGCCCGAGCCCGAAUGUCGCCAGUUUCCUUGUCACUGCCGAAGAAGGACCAACUGUAAGAACAGCGCCAUUUCUGUCGGCGUCCAUGAUACGCUAUGCUACCGCAGCGGAUUCCAGAGCUCUUGCUCGGAACGGCAGCGGGAGAGAAAUAGCCGCUCCCCUUUCGCUCCCUCUCUCUACUUCAGCUCACGGCAGGUCGUGCCGGUGAAGUGAGACACAGUCCCAAAAUGGACCCCUCUGACUGAGACGUAAAAACACGUCCUGUGUUAUGCUUUGCAGCUGAGUUAAGUCAGCAGCAUUAGCCAUGCCUCACGAGUAAAACCACCCUUUUUUUUUUGCUCAAAGCAAUACAAGAAAACGAAAAAGCUUCCUACAUGCCUCCCAAUGUAGAGCCCCUUCAGUUUGUCCUGCUGGAGUGACAGCCCCCUCUUCCAGAAAGGUUCUGCCUUGUCCUUGCCCUUUUUUUCUUCAUUUACCGCCCUAAAGUAACUACCCAUCACAAUGCUGCUCUGCCUGAAAAUGGCCAACACCUGAGCUCCCAUGCGUCCAGUGAGCACCGAUUCAGACGGUCCUGCUCCUCCUGAGAACCUCUCUUGCCCCUGUCCCCUCGUGGGCCCCCUGUCUGCCUCAGAGAUGUCCCUCCUCCAGUCGUUGGGUCCAGUACAAAGCUGGCUUGGCCAGGAGCUUGAGAAGUGCGGGAUUGACGCCAUGAUUUACACCCGCUAUGUUCUGAGCCUUCUCCUGCAUGACAGUUACGACUAUGACCUGCAGGACCAGGAAAAUGACAUCUUCCUGGGUUGGGAGAAGGGAACUGGGAAGAAAUGGGGCAAGAGCAAAAAGAAAGGAGCGACCGAUCUGAGUCUGGAGGAAAUGAAGAAGCAAGCAGCAGUGCAAUGCCUCCGCUCUGCAUCUGAUGAAAACUCGGGAAUUGAAAGUUUGGUUGAAGAGCUUUGCUCUAAACUAAAGGAGAUCCAAAACAAGCAGAAAGAGGAAAAGCGCAUUAAAAAGAAAUCUGAUGGUUCUCAGUCUCCAGAGCGAGCCGAGUCCCCCUCUUCCAAGGACCAGGUGGAAAUGUACUACGAAGCCUUUCCUCCUUUGUCAGAGAAACCUGUUUGUCUCCAAGAGAUCAUGACAGUGUGGAACAAGACUAAGGCCUGUGCAUAUUCAAGUUCAUCAUCUUCUGCAGCCCCACAAACCAGUACAGAUACCUCCUCCCCCAAAGAUUGCAACAGUGACGGCGAAGCUACAAAAGAGCGAACUGAGGCUUGUGGCACCAUCAUGUCUAUAACCCACGAGAAAGGCCAGCAACGACGAAGCAAGAAGGAGAAAGAAAACCGACACCACGGUGGUGCAGCGGCAGAGGAGAAAUCUUCUGUCCACUCAAAGAGGCAGAUUAGACACAGGUCUGAGGGAAAAUACCGACCCAGGUCUUGGUCUUCUGGCUCGAGCGAGGCAGGCUCAAGCUCAAGUGGGAACCAGGGUGACUCAAAGUCAUCCAGAAGCAAGACAGUUAGAAUAAGGCACAAAUCCAGGGAGGCUACAAAGAAUAAGAGAACACGCAACGCUGGGCAAGUGAAGUUGCAGAUGAAAGUUAUUGAAAAAGAUGAGCGAAGAAAUGCAGGAGGGAGCAGCAGCAGCGCAGCCGGUGGCACUGCCAAACAACCACAGCUUUACAGAAAGGGCAAGAGGCCGAUGAAGGAGAUUCGUAAAGAUCCAGGCUGGAUGGAAGCAAAGGAGUCCGGAGUUGAGGCCAGACACAAAAAGGAAUACAUGGAAGAACCUCUUUGGUACACCGAGCCCAUUGCAGAGUAUUUUGUACCUUUCAGCAGCCUACAAAGCAAGCUGGAGACAAAAUACCGCAGCCAGGUUGACUCCCUGGAUGGCUUUGACCUGUCGACCGACAUGGAGAAGCUACCAGAGAAAAUCCAGGGAAUCUGCAUCGCCAAUGAGAACUACCAGAGAGCUUACUUGGCAGCAGGCUCGUUUGUGGACGGGCACUUCGUGGAAGGGCCUGGCGACGCGGAAGAUGAGACAGCCGAACUCACCAGGACUUCAAGCUGCCCUCAGCCAGAGGAUAGUAGAGAUUUAGAUGACGAGCAUCUGUCUGAAUUCACUCACUUCUAUGAAGUUGACAUUUAUCAAUCCAUAUUGGAUACUAGUGCCUCAGACUCGAUCCAAGAGAGUCGGAUCUUAAGCAUGAUUCGACAAAAAAGCAAAGAGCAAAGAGACGUUGAGGCAGAAUGUUGUUUAGUGUUAGAUGGCCUUGAGCAGCAAGGGAAAAGUGCAAUACGGGCAGACUCGCUGGAAACACCGGGAUCUGUUGGAUUCUUGAUGGAGGAUCUUGAAAACAUGGUUCAAGUGUGGGGAUGCUAUUCACCUUCUACUUCAGAGGACAUCGAUGGAGAGAGCUUUAUAGGAGACUCUCCCAUUCGGCUCUCCCCUCUUCUUGAUAGUGUCUCAUAUACCCUGAACAAACUGUCAAACGCAGGGGAGCCGCCCGUUCCUGAAGUGAGCAGUGAACCAUCUGGUUUGAACUCAUCCUGCUUCUCUCUCUUUGAGCUCCAGUACGAAAGCCCUACUUUUCCCUUUCCCUGCGACUCACUCACCGUUGGUCACGAAAACAACACAGAUUCUAGUAGCUGUCUCGACCCACAUUCUAAUAAACAGUCUCGUUUGCUAAUAUGGACCAAAAAUAGUGCCUUUGACGAAACUGAACACUGUUCUAACCUAUCAACAAGAACUUGCAGUCCGUGGUCGCAUUCAGAGGAGACUCGCUCUGACAACGAGCAGGGUACUGCUCUGGUAGAGGACGCUGCUCAGAUUGGCAACGAAGAGACAAGCUGUGCUAUCCCUCUUUCCGGUACAUAUCUAGAGGAUGAAAUCUUAGAUUUCUUGCAAGAUGACUCCGGCAAAAAGUGCGAGGAGGUCAGUGUCAGCACAGCAUCCAAUCAGACCUUUGCCAAAAAAUCCAAAUUAGAAUCCGUCUGUGGAAUAGCAUUGGAAAAGGAUGAGAGCAAACCAUACAGCGCUGGCAUGUUUUCGAACAACACAAACCAACAGAGUGACGAUUACAGCUCAGGGAUAAUAAAAGACAUUUGGACCGCGGUCGGAGACGGCAAAGCAACAAUGUCGGGGCACGGAGAGGAGAAACUAAGCAAGGGGCUCUUCUCAGAUGAGCCGGGUGCCUACUGUUGCAGCUGUCUAGAGGUCCAGGCGAAAGGAGUUCCGGCUCCGGGACCUCAGAAAAAGGCCGUGCAGCGGUCGGAGUAUCACCUCUGGGAAGGAAAGAACGAAGAGCAGGACUUGGUCAAAAACAAACUCUCUAAGGUAGAUGGUGCUGGGGAUUACAUGACUCCGUCCAAGCCCUGGGACUUGAACUCUGACAAAGAGAGCACAUCGUUCAUCCUCGGAGGAGUAUAUGGAGAGCUGAAAACACUAAGCGGGGACAAGAACUGGGCUGUCGUGCCACCAGGCGAGGGCAAGGAUAGCCUGCUGAAGUGCACCGCUGCAGCUGCUUCCUCGUCCAACUCGGACAUGCUCGCCAUCACCGGCACCGAUGUGUUCAUGAACACGGCCAGCUGCUUUGCUCCCGGGCACCGGCCCCUGUGGAGGCCCCUCGUGUCCUUCGGGCAGAGUGACCAGGCCAUCAGAGGAACUGGAGACGGAUUGAAUAAGGGAUUUUCUUUGAUCUUCCAUGAAGAUUUGCUUGGAUCUUACGGAGGCUUGCGCAGCGAGGAGCAAGGUUUAGAGUACCCGUUUUCAUCCUUCAACCUGAACAGUCCCUUCUCUCAAGUCCUCCAUGUUGAGUGUUCCUUUGAGCCGGAGGACAUGGCCUCUUUCAGUCCAGGGUUCAAGCCCAAGUCUAUUCUUUGCUCGGACUCGGACAACGAAGCCAUCCACUCUCGCCUAUAUGGCAUCAACAGGACACAGUACAGGGCCAUUCGCAUUUCCCCCAGGACUCAUUUUCGCCCGAUAUCUGCCUCCGAGCUGUCUCCUGGUGGUGCGAGUGAUUCAGAAACCGAGACUGACAAGGAGGAGAUGAGUUUCCCCACCCUGGCUCCCGUGGACGUCUUUGACGAUCCUCAGGCAGACCUUAAACCCCUGGAAGAGGAUGCAGAAUGCGAGGGCCCUUAUUAUGGGAAGUCAGAACUGGAAUCUGGUAAAUUUUUACCCAGAUUAAAGAAGUCUGGCAUGGAGAAGAGUGCCCAGACCUCUCUGGAUUCUCAGGAAGGUUCUUGUGCCCUCCUACCGAUCGCUGAGCAAGAGAUUUGCUUAGACUGCAAAACAACGGCAGCCGCAUCGAGUGCAGGUGGGCAGACGGACGCACCGGUCAGCAAGGUUCCAAAGGAGGAAUCUUUAGGAGAGAAGCAGUCCUGUUCAUGUUCACCAGCAGGUCAGAUCUCCAAGUUUGGGGUCGCUUACGACUUUGUUGGCGACGCGCCAGAAUUUCCUCUAUUAGAAAUAGGUGGACAGGGAGGAACUGGCAACCAGCAAGAUGAGUGCUGGUGGCAAAACGCAAUUUGUUCCCCCCUUUUCCCUGGCUCUCAAUGUACAGGGAGCAGCAACAUUUGAAGCCUCCAGUUUGGCAGAGGACGCCUUUUGCUGAGAGGAAAAGUUUUCUCCACUCUUGUGACUGGACCUCAACCAGCAAAGAUUCACGGUCACCCCAGAGCUGGAAAACCUAAUGUAGGCUAAUUUUAUGAGACGCCUCUUGAAAACCCCAACACGUAACCCUGUUGGUUUUCAUUUACUAACUUUAAAAAAAAGAAGAAAAAAAAGGAAAAAACAAAAAAAAAGAAGCAACCUUGUGUAAUCAACAAUCAGAUCGACAGAGUGAAAAUAGGAAAACUCGAAAAAGAAAAAAAAAACAUGUCGUCUUUGAGUGAUGCCAUGAGCAGACAUGCAUUUUAUAAUUUGUUUCAGUUGAUUCUAUGUACACUGGUCCUUAUCCAAGUCUCACAGUUAGCUAGUAGGGACAAGUUUUUGUUCUAUCCUUGUCAGUUUUUUGUUCCCAACAUUUUGAGUUUGAACUAAGAUUCUGGUGGUUGGUGGUGUCUGAAUGGUUGUGCAUGUAUGUUCGUCCAGCCAGUCUCACUCCUCUUUUCUAGUUGAACCUAAUGUGUGAAACUGACCGCUGUUGCAUCCUCUACUUUCCAUCCUGAGUUCAGAAGGUUGAAACGAGGACGUCGAGGUUAUUGCGUUGCAUACGAAAUUUGGGAGUUUAAUUUAUAUAGUUUGUCCGGAGGACUUUCUGAAUGCAAAGUAGAGAAUGUGUGCAGCCUUCUUCUAAAUAUCCGUAAAUUCCCUGUGUUUUGAAGUUCAAAGUCUGAGUUUUGAAUGGUGAUAGUCUUUCAAAAGCUAGCAGUAGACAUAGUGUGGUUUGUGAGGCAAAAAUAAUAAUAAAAAAACUUUAAACAGAAAAAUAACUGGUAAUUGAAAGGAGUUUUGUUGGCAAAAAAGAAAGAAAUAAUCUACUUGAACAUGCUUUUUGGGGGGAAGGAUUAAAUAAAAAAACAAACAAAACAAAAAAAAUAAGGCAUAAAAGUGUGUUUUGGGGGAUGAAAAAAAACCCACCAUGAAAAGACAUGACUACAGCCAUUUCUGCAGACACGUGUUGGCACAGAGCGUAACUCUGUUUUAUUUAAUCUAUUUUUUUUUGUAAAAAAAAACCCUAUGGUACAGAAGACUAUUGGUGCUAUGAAUAUGUUCAAAUAUAUUUUGAAGUUCCAUGAUAUGGUUGUGAUAGGUUGAUGGAAUAGUCUUCAGACAGACUCCAUAAUCCCUUUAAAUAAAAAAAAAAGGAAAAAAACAGAAAAAAGCUCCCCAAAAAAUUGUGAAGAUAGAUUUUUGCCUGAUCACGCUUUCUGCUUAAUGUGGUUUGACUUUUUUUUUCUUUUACAUUUUAAAGUAACCUCUUAAUUGUCAGGCCUGCCAUGACUGAAACAGAAAUACUAUUUAUAGGCAUUUUAAAUAUCUUGUUUAAAAUACACCUCAGUUCCAAGAAAGGACAAAAUUAGCAAUGGCUGUCUUUAAUUUAACUAAACCAACCCAUAGUAAAAAAAUAAAAUAAAAAACAGCUUUGGGGUAGAGAGCAAACCCCCCCAAAAAAAGCCGUAAUAAUUACACUAAGAUACAGAUGCUUUUUCCCAUGUGAGAUGUUUUUUUUCUUUUUCCUUUUCUUUGGUUUACAGUUGAUCUUGCUGAAAUGUUGAUUUAAUGUCUCACUGUCA